UAACCAUUUACAAAAUACGAAAGAAAAGUAGUUUUUUUUUUCGAAAUAAAAAAUUAUUGUGACACCACGAUGGUUUCAAGACCGGAGAAAAUUGGUGUUACAUUAGGUGUAAAAUCACCCCAAGUGACACAAUGUGAAAAAUUGAGUCGUGUUAAAGAGGAAUUUGUAUUUCAAAUCCCCGAAGAAGCACCUGUAUUUGAACCAACUGUGACCGAAUUUGCGGAUCCUUUACGUUAUAUUAGUAAAAUACGUCCAAUUGCUGAAAAAUCGGGAAUAUGUAAAAUACGUCCACCAUCUAAUUGGCAGCCACCAUUUGCAGUAGAUGUGGAUAAAUUACGAUUUACGCCACGAAUUCAACGAUUAAAUGAAUUAGAGGCAAAAACACGUGUCAAAUUAAAUUUCUUGGAUCAAAUAGCAAAAUUUUGGGAAUUACAAGGAUCAUCAUUAAAGAUUCCUAUGGUCGAAAGACGUGCACUCGAUUUAUAUUCCUUACAUCGUAUUGUCCAAGAAGAAGGUGGCCACGAAUGUGCUACCAAAGAACGUAAAUGGUCGAAAAUAGCAGCACGCUUGGGUUAUCCACAAGGAAAAGGCGUUGGCACUAUUUUAAAAGGACACUAUGAACGUAUCUUGUACCCGUUUGAUGUUUUCCGACAAGGAAAAACAUUAGCAGAUAUUAAAAUUGAACCGGAACCCGAAGAUAAUGAAAAAGUUGAUAAAGAUUAUAAACCGCAUGGUAUUGUAUGUCGACAACAAAUUAAACCGCCGGUAGAAAAACAUGCGAGACGAUCUAAACGAUAUGAAACUACUGAGAAAACUGAGAAAACAACAAAAAUUGAGCCGAAAAUUGAAAAGGUGGAGAAAACGGAAUUAACUGAAGGAGGAUCUAAAGGUGACGAAAAAAGUAGUGAAUUACGUCGUUUACAGUUUUAUGGAGCAGGUCCAAAAAUGGCCGGAUAUCGUCAACAAGAUGGCAAAAACAAAAAUAAAAAAUUUGUUUUUGAAUUAGAUCCGUUGGCGAAAUAUGUAUGUCAUAAUUGUGGACGUGGUGAUGCCGAAGAAUCAAUGCUUUUGUGUGACGGUUGUGACGAUAGUUAUCAUACAUUUUGUUUAAUGCCACCAUUGUCUGAAAUACCAAAAGGUGAUUGGCGUUGUCCGAAAUGUGUUGCCGAAGAAGUGUCAAAACCUAUGGAAGCCUUUGGUUUUGAACAAGCCCAACGUGAAUAUACCUUGCAACAAUUCGGUGAAAUGGCUGAUCAAUUUAAGUCUGAUUACUUUAACAUGCCCGUUCACAUGGUGCCUACUUCAUUAGUAGAACGUGAAUUUUGGAGAAUAGUGUCAUCAAUCGACGAAGAUGUAACUGUUGAAUACGGUGCCGAUUUACACACAAUGGAUCAUGGUUCUGGUUUUCCAACAAAAUCAUCCGUCAAUUUAUAUCCGGGUGAUCAAGAAUAUGCCGAAAGUAGUUGGAAUCUAAACAAUUUACCAGUAUUAGAAGGCUCCGUUUUAGGCCAUAUAAAUGCGGAUAUAUCCGGCAUGAAAGUACCGUGGAUGUAUGUUGGUAUGUGUUUUGCAACAUUUUGUUGGCAUAACGAAGAUCAUUGGAGUUAUUCCAUCAAUUAUCUACAUUGGGGUGAACCAAAAACAUGGUAUGGUGUGCCGGGCAGCAAAGCGGAAGCAUUCGAAGAGUCAAUGAAAUCAGCUGCACCAGAAUUAUUCCAAUCACAACCAGAUCUUUUGCAUCAACUAGUCACAAUAAUGAAUCCAAAUAUAUUAAUGAAUGCUGGAGUACCAGUUUUCCGUACGGAUCAACAUGCGGGCGAAUUCGUUAUUACAUUUCCACGUGCAUAUCAUGCUGGUUUCAAUCAAGGAUACAAUUUUGCUGAAGCUGUUAAUUUUGCACCAGCUGAUUGGUUAAAAAUGGGACGAGAAUGUAUCAGUCAUUAUUCACAUUUACGACGAUUUUGUGUAUUUUCACAUGACGAGUUGGUUUGUAAAAUGGCAUUGGAACCGGAAAAAUUGGAUUUAACUGUGGCUGCGGCUACGUAUCAAGAUAUGUUGAUUAUGGUCGAUCAUGAGAAGAAAAUGCGGAAAGCUUUGUUGGAAUGGGGUGUAACAGAAGCUGAACGUGAAGCAUUUGAAUUAUUACCAGACGAUGAACGGCAAUGUGAAGUAUGCAAGACAACAUGUUUUCUAUCCGCAAUGACUUGUUCAUGUAGCAACGAUACCUUAGUAUGCUUACGCCAUUAUACAUCACUCUGCGAAUGUCCACCAGAAAAACAUACGUUACGCUAUCGAUAUACGUUGGACGAAUUACCGUUAAUGUUACAAAAAUUAAAAUUGAAAGCUGAAUCAUUUGACAAUUGGGUGAAUCAGGUGAAAGACGCUUUGGACCCAAGUAAACCAAAAGUACUUGACCUACCAGGUCUAAAAGAACUGCUAACAGAAGCUGAAAUAAAAAAAUUCCCUAAAUCAGAUUUGUUAGCCACAUUAACAGCAGCCGUAACCGAUGCUGAGAAAUGUGCUAGUGUUAUCCACCAACUCGAUUUGAAUAAAAUGCGUACGCGUACUCGUAACUCCGUAGAUCCUAAAUAUAAACUAACCAUAAAAGAAUUAGUAUUAUUCCACGAGGAAAUCGAAAGUUUAGCCUGUAUUUUAAAAGAGGGUGAAAGUGUUCGGGAACUUUUGCAACGGACACGUGACUUCGAGAAAGAAACGAAACGCUUACUAGCGCAAUCAAUUGACGAUAACCUUCCAUCGGAGAUUGAAAAAUGUAUUGAAAAUGGAUCAUCGUUGUGUAUUGAACUUCCAGCAUUAAAAACACUCAAAAUACGUUUAGAUCAAGCCAAAUGGCAUGCGGAAAUUAAAACGAAAAGAGAAGAUCCCGAUAAUGUAACAAUUGAAGUUUUACGACAAUGGAUUAACGUCGGAGUUACUCUUCCAGCGCAUGCAGUUGUAGAAAAACAUUUAGGAGAAUUGCAAGAUAUGCUCACGCAAGUGGAACAAUGGGAAGAGAAAGCAAAAUCCUGUUUAGAGUCGAAAAAUCAAAGUACAAUGGCUGAGUUGGAAACAAUGCUACAAGUUGCCGAACAAAUUGAAGCAUAUUUACCAUCCGAGCAAACAAUACGGGAUACACUUAAGCGUGCAAAUGAUUGGUUGGAUUCCGUUGCCAAAAUGCAGUCAUUAGAGCAUUAUCCAUAUUAUAAUACGUUAAAAGAGGUCGUUAAUCGUGGACGAAACUUACCAUUACUGUUAGAAGAAUUAGAACCACUUGAAGUACAAUUAAAUUCGGCUCGAUUAUGGAAAGAACGUACAUCGAAAACAUUCUUACGCAAGGAUUCAACUUGUACGUUAAUGGAAGCGUUAUGUCCCCGUUUAUAUCAAGCACCAACUGUGCCGAAAACUAAAGAUGGAGAUGUUUUAGACAAUAAAAUAAAUAAUAGUUUAGAACCGGCACAAGUUGUGGCUGCUUUCAAAGCUGCCGAACAACGUGAAAUGAAUGCAAUGGCUGAGAAACGUAUACAUAACACCCGUAAAUAUUUAGAGGAUAAAAAUAAUGAAACGUAUUGUAUAUGUAAUGGUCGUAAAUAUGGUUUAAUGAUACAGUGUGAUUUGUGUAAGGAUUGGUAUCAUAAUAAUUGUGUGACAGUACCGAAAAAUUUAAAUUCACAGAAGACGAAGUUAAUGCAUAUUGAGAGUGGAGCUUCGAUGAAGGAUUAUAAAUUUUUGUGUCCUGGUUGUAUGAGAACUCGACGUCCACGCUUAGAAACAAUUCUUACAUUAUUAGUAUCGUUACAGAAACUUUAUGUUCGUUUACAUGAAGGUGAAGCAUUACAGUGCCUAACAGAACGUGCCAUGAAUUGGCAAGAUCGUGCUCGACAAAUGUUAGCAACCAAAGAAUUAUCAUCAGCAUUAAUGCAAAUAUCUGUAAUGUCACAAAAAUUAACCGAAGCGGCCGCACGUGAAAAGACUGAAAAAAUCAUAAGUUCUGAAUUGAAAAAGGCAGCGAACAAUCCAGAAUUACAUAAACGUGUUCAAGCAAUAACACCAUUAAGUGGCAUCGAUUGGAACACACCAGAUUGUGGCUUGGAUACGAACGAUGUGAUGGUUAAAGAGGAACUCGAUUGGAAUGAUACGAAUAGUAUGAGUGCCAGUUCAGAUGCAUAUUUAAAUAGUGAGCAUGCGUAUUCAGCAGUUGCACCAAAUUCAAAUGAUAACGAUUGCUGUUUACGACUUAGUGAAACAAUGUAUCAAAAUUUGGUGGAGCUAAUGAUGGAGGGAGAUUUAUUAGAAGUGCAAUUGGAUGAGACAUUACAUAUCUGGAAGAUUCUUCAAGCUACCAAACCUUCAGUGGAACAAGAUAGGAUAUUUGUUAAUUUUAAUGGAGUACCGAACGAUUUAGACAUACCAAAGCCAAGAUUAAAAGGUCGCAAACGUAAAUCCGAUGAAAGUGAUUUAAAGAAGGGUAAUAUACGACAAAUGAAAGCAUUAACAAAAGCCGAAAUGGAUAAGAAAGUUAAAAUGCGACGUGGUGGUAACAAAGAUAAUAUACGAAAACGGCGUGGCGAAGCACCGAAAAAACAGAAAACUACAAAUCAUGAUUCAAGUAACGUGGAAUUUUCUGAUGAAGAAGACGAUUGUGCUGCCGGUGUUUGUCUCAGACCAUCAGGGACGGAAGUUGAUUGGGUCCAAUGCGACGGUGGCUGUAAUCAAUGGUUCCAUAUGUUAUGUGUAGGUUUAGCAAAACAUGACCUUGCCGAAGAUGAAGAUUAUGUAUGUAAUUCCUGUGUGGGUAAAGACAACGGUACAUUUUCCGCAUUUCAAUUAUCCGCCGGUGGUGCCUCAUCAACGUCAUCACCUUUGGAUACAGUUACAAAUUCACCAGAGAGUAGUCAACAGAAUAUUUAAUAUAUACUAUUAUUAAGUAGUGACGAGUGUUAUGACGGCGAAAUAUUUUGUGACGGUCAUUUGAUUAUAGACUCUUGAUGAUGAUCGAACACAUAGUACACCGCGUAGCACGUUGUGGCCACAGUGUGACACAGCGGGACAAGUUCUAAAUUGAAGGACGCUUUGUAAAACAGUGAUAAAUUUUAAACUUCAAUUUUAGGAUUUAAGGAGUAGUUUGAUUUGAUAAAUAAUUUAUAGGGCGUAAAACAACUUUCUUUAAUUAUUUUAUUUUUUUUGAGUGAAGAAAAUCAUGGAAAUCAAUUAUCCAACGAUAGAUAUUGAGGAGAAAGAAAUUGAGACAAAUGUUUUUAACGUCUAUUUCUUGUUUUCUCAAAAAUUUUGUAAAAACAAUACACACACGGUCCACUCUUAGGGGUCAUGACACCCUGUAGUGGUAUAUUAGAAAAUCAAAAUUGAUCCACUUUUUUCAGUUUGUAGUAUAAAUUAUGUGGCAUUACAAUUGAGUAUUUAAAAUCAUUGUGUUUUCGUUUGUCCAAUGAACGAUCUUGUUUACAACUUACAGGUAAAAUUUAGAAGGGUUAUUAUCCUGUAAAUAUUUGCACAAGAGUAGAGGUAUUACGAAUACAGAAUAGGGAUAAAGAGUGUUACGUUUACAUUUUUAGCAUCUAGAUGUCACCGUGUUCCACUUAGAUACAAUUUUCUGAAGGCAGCCAUGUUGGAACGACUGAUGACCUAUUGAAAAUCGCGAUAAUGAAUGUUUUUCGUUUUUUAAACAAUACUUUUGCGCAUUUUAUUUGAUUAAAAUAUCAUAACUCGGGAGUUUUUAAUGAUUAUCAGAUUUUUCCCAAUUUUAGUACGAUUUGUAAGAUCUGUCUGUCUUUCUUUGAAUAUAAUCAUGUUUUUUUUGGAAUAAAAUCAUGUCAUUUUUUGUUCGAAUAUAAUCAUGUCAAGAUAGGAAUUCUCGGAGAUGAAUUUUACAAACGCGAUAAUUGAUGCAAAACAUAAUUCAGACGACUUUUCCAAAAUAUUUUCAUUUAAUAACUUGAAUUCAACAGAAAUUUUAUGCUCGUUUCCUGUUUAAUUGGAUAUUCAUGCGUAUACCACUGGUCUGAAACUCGAUGUUAUACGAGUCCGUCUUAUUUGGCCAGACGUUGUUAUUUGAAUGCCAACAUUAUAGCGUAAAUAAAUGAUUUUGGCGUAGUUUUCCCCCUGUCAUUAGUACUGUGUAGAUGGCGCACACCUUGACGAAUAAAAAAAGGUUUUGUAUAAUUAUACAGGGUGCUUUUUAAAGUGACAUGUUUGAAACUCGAAAAAUAACUUUUAUCGAUAAAAAUGCUUUAAGCAAAAAAUGUUGGGUGUGUAGGCGCACAUCUUACGCAGGCAUUAAACGUUUUCAAGCUCAAUGAAAAGCUCACUCGAAUUAUAGUAGUGUAUUUACACCACUAGAGAGCGCUGCAUCUGCCAUGGCAGCCAUUAAUCGGAUUAUUUUAGACAGUUGAUAUUGAAUUUAGACCCUGACAUUUAAAAGGCUCACGCCAAUGAUAGAGAGAGGAUAAAUAUUGAUUGAUACCAGCGCCUCUCCCAUUAGGUCAAGAUUUCAAUACUACCAAUUAUUAUUUGUAGAUACGUCAGGGGUGUUCGAAAUUGGUACGGUGUUUCAAUAUAAUCGAAAAUUGGGCCUUGAAUUUGUAUUAUUCAGCUCAUUUGAAUCAUUCGAAUUACCUUCAAGUAUUGCACACUUCUGUAGCUGCUUUACUAUGGCUCUGUAAAAACGACUGCUUUACUACGGCUAUUCGAUUUUUAAAAUUAAGAGCCAUUAUUCAGUCGGACUGUAUGAGUGUUAAAUAGAUUUUGUUAAAUUUUUUUUUUUUAGAAUGUCUUAAAAUUUGUAAAUUGACAGAGAGUACAAAAAAAAUUAGAAAAAAUCCUAUACCAGUGAAAAAAAAAGUGUCUCUGAAACCUCUGUGAUAUUAUUUUUUUAAAUAAUCUUUGCAUAAUAAUUUUCCUUCGUAUGGUGUUAGGGUCCAAUUGAUCCUUUUCUCCUGUAAAAAUUUUAUCAUACGAAAGUGAAAAUUAUACUGAUUAAGAUUGAUUUAAAAUUAGGAAAAAUUCUCUGUCAUUUUAAAUGCAUGACAUAACAUUUUGAAUGAUUUCGUGUGCAGAUUCGUCGAAAAAUGUGGAUCUACAUUUCAAGAUCUCUAUUUUAAUAUGAAACAGGACGUAAUUUUGAGUGUUAAGAGAAACAUUUUCAAGAUAUUUUCAAAGAACGAAUCUCGCGAACCAAUUUUUGGCGAUAAACUACCAACGUUGUUGAUUUAACUUUAAAAUAUUUUGAACUUAGAUCGAAUACUGCAAGUUUCUUAGAUCUAUAAGGCUCGAGUCUUAUGGUAUCACUCAGAAUGCGUAAGGAAUAGUUAUUACUGACUUUCACACUUUCAGUCGGCAAGUAGAUCCACAAUCCGCAGAAUUUAUUCAAAAGAAUAUAAAAGUACAACGUGUGCAAAAAAAAAAACAAACAAGUAGCAAGCAUAGGCAUAAUGAUUUUUUAAAAUACAAUAGGACGCCAUGUUGUCCAGAAAAGCUUUGUGUUUACAAAAUUUAAAACUGAGAAUAUUUAAAAAUGUUUAUAUUGUAUACAAUCUAUAUAUAUAUAUAUAUAUAUAAUUAUUUUUUUCAUUUUUACAAUUAAUUUAUGUGAAAUUUCUAGUUUAAUAUGUACAGUACGAUUUUCCCCCCUCUCUCUCUUUUCUCCAUUUACACACACCUCACCCAUUACCCGUUAAUGAUUUUAUUCGAAUCUAAGUUUAUGUUUUAAUUUCGAUCUGUUUUAGUUAGCUUUGUGUUCUACGGUAAUAUUAAUUGACCAUAUUUUCGUGAAGCAUCCUGUA